AUGACCGACUUCAAAUCCGACACUUCUAAAGCAAAGUCUUGGGCCUCAGAGGCCGAAGGUGCUGCAUCCCAUCAACCAAUUGAUGAUCAAACACCUAGAUCUGUUCACAACUCGAACGUUCCUGGUUCUUUCGAUUUCCAGUCGUCUGGGGACAAGGACUACGAUAACGCUGCUUACACAUCUAAAACCAAGGCAGAAGACCCAUCUUCUCCUACAUUCAAGGCCAGCGAAGGUCACGGAGAUGCUCAAAACGAACCUUCUUUGGCUAACAAGCUGAUGUCUGCCAUUGGAAUUGGCGGUGGCAGCACAACUAGCUCAGGCUCCGAUUCUGCUACCAAUGCCGGUACUGGAGCUGGUAUCAGUAGCAGCGGUGGUAACCCAGAGCAAGAUGCCGCUCAGAACUCUAUUUCUACAAAGACCUUGGAGAAACAAACCGGAAAGGCACAUUCUUAUGUGGACAAGGACGGUAACGAGUUUGAGGUGAUUCCUACGGACAGAAACGUCAAGUACUCUUCGCUCGUGGACCCUGUUGUUGACGAGAGAGAUGUCUCGCAAACCAAGCAAAACGUCAAGGAUAUCUCGCAGGACAGACACGGAGCUGCAGACAUCAAGUCUAAGAAAGACUCCAGCUACCAACAGGGAAAGGACCAGACAUCUGGCGAUCGCACGAAGACUCACGACUACGCAAAGGACAAACACGGAGAUUACGCCAAGGAUCAGACCUAUGGGAAGGAUGCUACCUACGGUAAGGACGCUACCUACGGACAGCAAUCUUAUGGUAAGGAUGCUUCUCAUGGACAGCAAUCUUACGGAAAAGAUGCUUCUCACGGACAGCAAUCUUAUGGAAAAGACUCCAACUACGGACAACAGUCGUACCACGAUACCUCUGCCAAGAACUUGGGUCCUGCUGUGGCCGGUGCUGGUGUUGGAGCUAUGAGUGGGGCUCCUGGUCAGACCUACCAUCUCAAGCAAAACGAGGUUCUUGAGACUCAAGAGGGAUACGGAAAGCCUGACUCUUACAAACAGCAGCCUUCGUCUUACGAUAAGAAGGCUAGUUCUGGCUACAACACCGCCCAGGGUGCCGGAAAAUCGGACAAUGUUGGAGUGCACAGCUCUUCUGGAAACGCCGCUUCUUACGGGAAGACUAGUUCUUUGGAUCAGGACCCUGUUCACGGUGCUACUGCUCCUGCUGACUUUGACAACUCGGAAAAAGCUGCUGCCACCUACGGUGGAACUCACCAGAAGAAGAGCAGCACUGGUAGCCAUCCAGGUGGUGUUGGUGCUGGCGCAGUUGCAGGCGCUGGUGCUGGUGCUGCUGGCUACGGUGCUUCUCACCACAAGAACAACAGUGCAGGCUCUGAAGGUGAGAGCGGUAAGUCCAAGAGCAAGUGGAGCAACGUUUUCGGUAGCAAGAAGGACAAGUCUGACACAUCAAGAAAGACAAGCUCCAACACUAGCGAUCCAUCUGGAACUCAGUACGGAACUGUUUACCAAGAUGUUCACGAUGAUAACCUAGCUACCAGAAACGUUUCUGGAAAGACCGACACUUCCAAGCUUUAUGAGAGCGAGAAGAAAGGUCAGCCAGAAAUCGCUCAAUUGCAAGCUCAACAGGGAUACACCUCUGCUCACGGAGGCCACUCUGGCACAGGAACUGCCGCUGGUGCAACUGCUGGUGCUGCUACUGGUCUUGCUGCUGGCUCUGCUACCAAGUCUCACGGUAAGGGUGAAAAGUACGACUCUUACGGCAAUGACUACAAAUCUGGCUCUGGCCAAGAUACCGCUUCGACCAACGAGUUGAGAGGCGCUCCUGGAGUCACAAAGACCCAGAGUGACCCAUACGCCAGCUCUUAUGGUCAAACUGGUCAAACUGGCCAAGCUGGCCAAGCUGGUGCCCACGGUGCUUCUGGCACUGGUUCUGCUGCUGGUGCGGGAUCUGGUGUGUCUGGUCAGAAGGAGUACGGAUCUCUGGAUCCUAACACCAAGAACACCGACUAUAACAAGAUCGGCUCCCAGGCCAAGGACUAUUCCCAGAAGGGUGCUCAACAACUGGACAAGUCUGGCAAAGGAGAGUAUUCCAAGUACGUGACUGGUGCUGGGGCUGGAGCUGGAGCUGGAGCUGGCUACUUAGCUGGAAGACAGGCAAAGGGUAGCCACAAGGAGUCCGCUGGUGAAUCCUCAGGAAAGACCGGCCAAUCUUACGGUUCUGAUGACGCUUAUGGUAAGUCGGGCCAGCCUGAACAAACUUAUGCAAAAACCCAGGGAUACCAAAGUGGCCAGGGUUACCCAUCUCAAUCCACCAACCAGGAUUACGGAUCUUCCCAGGGCUACCAAAAGGGUGGUAAGGGUGACUACGCCACUGGUGCAGGUGUUGGAGCUGGUACUGGAAUUGCUUCUGGAUCUCAAAGUGAUCCAUCUGGUGAUUUUGACAAGCUGAAUCUCAAGGACAAGACCGGAUCCGGCUCUGCUCAGUCAGGACAAUAUGGCCAAUCCGCUCAAUCUGGUCAGUACGGACAAGCUGAUCAGUUUGCCCAGUCAGGAAAGACUGCCCCUGCUGCUCACGGAUCAGGAUCCAAAGGCUUUGACUACGACAAAUUAGGUUCCCAGGCCAAGACUGUUGGUCAGCAAGGAGGCAGCCAUUUGGAUAAGGCAGGUCUUGGCGAGUACUCUGGCUACGCUACUGGUGCAGGUGCUGCGGCUGGUGCUGGUGCAGGAUACUUGGGAACCAGAGCUGCUGGAAAAUCCGACACUUCUGCCUCUAAGGAUCAACAGUACUCGCAAGGCGGAUACGAGUCGCAGAACUCAUCAGGAUACGGUUCCGGUGCUCAACAAUCGUCUGGCUACGGAUCUGGUGCACAAUCCGGAUACGGAAGAGAAACCCAGGGCUACCAAUCUGGUUCUCAUGGCUACACUGCCGGUGUUGGUGACACUCACCCACACCAGCCUAAGGGCGAGUACACUGCAGGGGUGAGGGACGAUGAAAGAAACGUGCCGUACACGUCUGGAUUUGAUGACUCCACUGCUCCUCAUGGACACCACAGCCAUCAGGGCUACCAGAGCUCCGGCCGCGGAGCUGCUGCUGGUGGAGGUGUCGGCGAAGGCCCUAGAAGUCAGGGCGCUGCUGCGGGCGGAGGUGUUGCCGAGACAAAAGGCCACCCUAGUUCUGGUGCUGCUUACCAAGGCGGAAAGUCCACCAGCGGCGGUCCACACGUUCCUGGUACCAAGGACAAUGUUUCUUCUCCAGGUAACGCUUACUUGAGCGAUGACCAGAACCACCUGGCCAACCAAGCCGCGACUGCUGCAUCCCGUGACGAGCGGGUUGGUGGUGCUAGCGCAUCGUCUCCUACGAAGGGUUCGAACCAAUAUGGCAACCAGUACCCUGACCAAGACGAGUCGAACACCAAGAUUCUAGACUGGGACCAGGUCGACAAGGCCCACCCUCAAAAGGAAAAAUUGAGCACCAAGAUCAAGAAGAUUUUCAACUGA